AUGGACAAUGCUAAGGCAAUGGACACACCAAUGAGCAUUACUUGCUACCUUGACAAAGAUGAACAAGGUAAAAGCAUAGAUGUAAAGAAGUAUAGAGGCAUGAUAGGAUCAUUACUUUAUCUAACGGCAAGUAGGCCAGAUAUCAUGUUUAGUGUAUGCAUGUGUGUGAGAUACCAAGCUAAUCCUAAGGAAUCUCACUUAAGUGUGGUGAAAAGGAUUAUGAAGUAUCUCAUAGGAACAUUAAAUGUUGGAUUGUGGUAUCCGAAAGGAUCCACUUGUGAUUUGAUUGGUUAUUCCGAUUCCGAUUUUGCUGGUUGCAAAUUGGAUAGGAAAAGCACUAGUGGCACUUGUCACUUGCUAGGAAACUCUCUUGUUUCAUGGUAUAGUAAGAAACAAGUAAGUGUAGCCUUGUCUACCGCCGAAGCCGAGUAUGUAGCCGCCUGUAGUUGUUGCGCCCAAAUUUUAUGGAUGAAACAACAACUUGUGGACUAUGGACUCAUGCUUGAUCACAUUCCUAUUAAAUGUGAUAAUACUAGUGCAAUAAAUUUAACCAAGAAUCCGGUUUAA